UUUUUUGUGAUUAUCAUGGCGGAGAAAGAAGGAAAGAAGUUGCCGUCUGUUCCCGAAAGCCUUUUAAAAAGGCGAAAGGCGUUCGCCGAAUUGAAAGCCAAGCGAAUUAAGCGACUACUGGCUGAAAAAAAAGUGCGUAAAGAGAAACGAAAGCUCAUCUAUAAAAGAGCAGAAGCCUACCAGAAGGAAUACAGACAGCUAUAUAGACGUGAGAUUCGAAUGUCUAGAAUGGCUCGUAAAGUUGGCAACUACUAUGUUCCUGCUGAACCAAAACUGGCCUUUGUGAUCCGGAUCAGGGGUAUUAAUGGUGUCAGUCCCAAGGUCCGAAAGGUGUUGCAGCUUCUCCGUCUCCGUCAGAUCUUCAAUGGCACAUUUGUUAAACUUAACAAGGCUUCAAUCAACAUGCUUAGGAUUGCUGAGCCAUAUAUCGCAUGGGGUUAUCCAAACUUAAAAUCAGUACGUGAACUGAUCUACAAGCGUGGUUUUGCUAAAAUCAACAAACAACGUAUUCCUCUCACUGAUAACUCUCUUAUAGAAAAGCAGCUUGGAAAGUUUGGCAUAAUCUGUAUGGAGGAUCUAAUCCAUGAGAUCUAUACUGUUGGCAAGAACUUCAAGCCUGCAAACAACUUCAUUUGGCCCUUCAAGCUGUCUUCUCCCCGAGGUGGAAUGAGAAAGAAGACAACACAUUUUGUAGAAGGUGGUGAUGCUGGCAACAGAGAAGAUCUGAUAAACAGACUCAUCAGGAGAAUGAACUGAUGAUGUUUCCAGAAAUCCAUUCACCUGACUUUGGCCUGUUGAAUAAAUUUUUUUUUUUUGAAAAGCAA